AUGGUGGACAGGACGACUCGAUGGCCGGAGGUAGUGCCCCUGUCGUCUACUACUUCGGCAGACGUGGCCCGGGCUUUUAUUUAUUCGUGGGUGGCGCGGUUUGGGGUUCCUCUGGACCUGACUUCUGAUAGGGGCCCCCAGUUCACCUCGGAGCUGUGGACUUCAGUGGCUGGGAGCUUGGGGGUUAAACUUCACCGGACCACGGCCUAUCAUCCGCAGGCUAACGGGUUGUGCGAGAGGAUUCACCGGACUAUGAAAGGUGCCCUAUGGGCCUCUCUGGUGGACAAUAGCUGGGUGGACAGGUUUCCGUGGGUUUUGUUGGGUUUACGCUCCGCCCCCAAGGAGGAUCUGCGCUCCUCCUCUGCUGAGUUGGUUCUGGGACAGACACUGAGGGAUCCCGGGGGAGUUCCUGCAUACCGCCCCUGGCCUGGUUCCGAGGGUGGCUACACUGCCUUUUUCCCCGGCAGGAGCUUUCAGACCGGUCGUGGCGCACCACUAUAUGUUUUUGUACGUUAUGACGCACACUGUUCUCCCUUGCAUGCGCCUUACGAUGGCGUGUUCCGGGUGAUGGAGACGGGGGACCAGUAUUUUUUGGUUGAGAUCGGUGCUGGCCGAGAUCGGGUCACGGUGGACCGCUUGAAGCCUGCUCAUGUGCUCCGGGACGAGGAUGUGGAGUUGGCCCGCCCUGCACGGCGGGGCCGCCCGCCUGAUCCUGCCACGCGAACACGAGAGGAGACCAGCUCGGACUUGUAA